AUGCCAUCCCCAGCGGCAGGCAGAUCGGCUGACGUCCCGGAGACGCCUACAAAGACUGGCAAGAGCCCUCAAUCAUCAUCUACUUCCAAGCUUACAGGUCAAGAAUCUCGAAAGCCAAAUACACCUUCAAGCGGUCGGAGACCCCCCAAGCUGGGCGCCUCAAAGGCCACUCCGAAGAAACUCACAGAAUCAUCGGAUCCGCCCUCCCAAGGCAAGGAGGCCGAGGAUGUCAAGGACAAGGCCGAAGAGGUUGAGGAGGAAACCCCACAGCAGAUUAACUUGAAAGACACCGAAGAACCUGGCGGCAAAGUUAGCCAGCCUGGCCACGACACAGGAGCCGAGAGUACUUCCGUUGCCGACACCAGCGAACUGUCUGAAGCGAACCCUGAACCUCUACCUGACAGCGAUGAAGAGGAGACAGAAGAAGUCGGCGAGGAUGCCGCCAAAGACGAGGGGACUGACGAAGGCGAGGAAACCGAAGAACCAGCCGCAGAACCCGAGGAUGAUGCGGCGGAGGAUGCCGAGGACGAGGCUGAGGGUAAGGGAUCCAGUGCCCUUGGUGGCGUCAAAUCAGCCGUCGGGGGAGUCAACAGUGCUGGAAAGAAGGUGGCCGGUCGAGUCAGUGGCGCCAAAGACACGGCAACUGGUGCCGCGCAAAAGGUCUCACAAGGAGAUGUGAAAGGUGCGGCGGAAGACACUGCUGGCGAUGUCAAGGGAGCCGCGGAAGAUACAGUUGGCGAUACGAAAGAAGCCGCUGAGGACACCACCGAAGAUGCCAGAGAUACCGCAGAAGGUACUGUCGAAGAUGCCAAAGGUACCGCAGAAGAUACUGCCGAAGAUGUCAAAGAGUCAGCAGAGGAUGCAGCUGAGGACGUGCCGAAAGGUGCCGAUGACGCACCUGAUGUUGACGAGGCUGCGGAGGGAGUCAAAGACAGCGCAGAGGAUGCAGUUGAUGGUGCCAAGGACACCGCUGAAGAAGCUACCGAUGACCUGCCUGUCGAUCUAUCGGUCCUAAAAGGUCUCAAAGUCAACGAGGAUGGCCAAAUACUCGACAAGUCCGGCGAACCAAUUGGGGAGCUUGCCGAAGGCGAUCCUGCUGAUUUGGAAGGCUACGAGAUUGCAGACAAUGGCGAGAUUCUUGACGAAGACGGCGAUGUUGUCGGUCGUGCCACCGUUCUUCCUGACAAAGCAAAAGAGUUGGCUGGCCAGGCAACGGACAAAGUCGACGAAGCGGCUGAGGAAGAUGUGGCAGUCGAUGGGGUCAAAGACACUGCAGAUGAUGCUGUUGACGGCGUCGAGGAGGCUGCGGAAGAUGCCGUCGAGACAUAUCUUCCCGAACUUAGUGCCCUCGACGGGCUCGAAGUCCAGGAGAAUGGCGACAUUCUCGACAAAGAAGGCAAUGUGCUAGGUCGGAUCACCGAAGGAGAUCCCACAGAUUUGGUCGGUAUGACUCUCAACGCCGAGGGUGAAAUUCUGGACGAGGAUGGCGAUCCUGUCGGGCGCGCCGAGACUCUUCCCCAACCGGUCAAACAAGUGGCUGAAGAGGCCGAAGGACAACUUCCCGGCGUGGAUGUCCUCGAAGGUCUCGAAGUCCAAGAAGACGGUGCCAUCAAGGAUCAGGACGGCAAGACCCUGGGUAAGAUCACAGAAGGCGAUCCGGCCGACCUUGUUGGCAAGACCCUCAAUGCCGAAGGAGAAGUUCUCGAUGAGGACGGUGACGUGAUUGGCCGCGCUGAAGUCGUUCCUGAGGCCGCCGACGCUCUGGAGGGGGCGGAAGAAGGCAAACCAGACUUUGUCCAGGAUGCCCUGGACAAGGUCGACGAUAUUCAAGGACAGUUGAAGCCCAACCUCACCAUUGUCGAGGGCAAAAAGCUCAAUAAAAAGGGCACUAUCCUCGAUGAGGAAGGUGAAGUGCUCGCCAAACUUGUGGAAGGUGACCCCAGCGCUUGCGCCGGCAAGAUCCCGAAUGAAAAUGGUGAGAUUCUCGAUAACGACGGCAAUGUCAUCGGCCGCGUGGAGGUGGUUGAAGGGGAAGCAGCAGAAGAAGCGAUGAAAGACCUCCACCCAGAACUCGUUGACCAACUCGAAGAAGCACAGAAGGCCGCCGAGGAGGCGGAGAAAGAGGCAGAGAAGCAAGCCGACGAGGCUGGAGAUGCUGCUGAUGUAGCUGAGCAGGCAGCUGACACGGCCGAGGGAGCUGCCGACGAGGCCAAGGAUGCAGCUGACAAGGCUGGAGCCCCCGACUUUGCGCAACUGGAAGGUCUCAAAGUCAACAAACGAGGCGAAGUUGUCAAUGAGGAUGGCGAUCCCAUCGCCAAACUAUCUGAUGGAUACGACCUUGAAGCGGCUCGUGGCAAGAAGAUCAACGACAAGGGAGAAAUCCUGGAUAAGGAUGGAAACGUCAUCGGCAAGGUGGAGUUCCUCCCCGAAGCCAUCGAAGAGGGCCUCGUCGAAGUCCAGGAAGAAGCUCCGGAAGGGCCAGAUACCUCGAUUCUUGAAGGCCUCAAGGUCAACAAAAAGGGUCUCGUCCUGGACGAAGAGGGCGAUACCAUUGCGCAGCUUGUCGAAGGCGAUCUCGCCGCCGUUGCUGGCAAGAAGCUGAACGACAAAGGCGAAAUCUUGGAUAAGGAUGGCAAUGUGAUCGGUAAGGUCGAGCUUGUUGGUCAAGAGGCCGAAGAAGAAGAAGGUGAAGAGGCUGACGAUGGGUUGCCUCCACUGUCCAUUCUGGAAGGGCUCAAGGUCAACAAAGCCGGUAAGAUUGUCGACAAAGAAGGCAAAAUCGUCGGUGAACUCGUCGAAGGCGAUGCCAAGAAGAUCUGGAAGGCUGGCCUGGUUGCCAAUGAGCAGGGACAGUUCUGGGACAACAAAGGCCACAUCAUUGGCCAGGCAAAGACGGUGCCGCAAGAAGACAGCGAAGCCGAAGCCGAAUUUGCCGGCCUCGAAGGUCUCAUUGUGGUGGCUGAUGGCUGGGUCGAAGACGAGAAUGGCAACCGUGUCGGCCGCAUCGUUGAGGGGGACCACAAGAAACUCGUUGGCCGCGCCGUGGAUGAAGAUGGGGAUGUCAUCGACAAGAAAGGCAAUGUUGUCGGCCACGCUGAACGAUACGAGGAACCCGAGGCCGAGCCGGAGCCUGAACCUGAGGAGGCCGACCUUUCCGAACUGAAGGGCCUCAAGGUCAAUAAGCAGGGCAACGUCAUUGGACCAGAUGGUGUACCCAUCGGCCGUCUCGUUGAAGGCAACCCCAAGGAGCUUGCGGGGCGUCCCAUCGAUGAGAAAGGUCUGGUUUGGAAUGACCAAGGCAAGGUUGUUGGGCGCGUCGAACUCAUUCCACCCGAGGAGCGAGAGGCCAAGCCCGAAGGUCCGUUCGCCGGUCUAGAGGGUGUGGUCGUGGUCAAGGAUGGUCUGGUCGAAGAUAGCGAAGGCAACGUCGUCGGGAAAGUCGUCGAGGGUGACUGGAAGAAACUCAUCGGUCGUGCUGUUGACGAAGAUGGCGACAUCAUCGACAAGUAUGGCAAUGUGAAGGGCCAUGCCGAUCCUUACGAGAUUCCAGAGGAAGUUGUCGAAGAGGAGGACCUGUCCAGUCUAGCUGGAAAGACGGUCAAUAAAGCUGGCAAGGUGGUUGAUGAACAUGGAACCAUCUUUGGAGAAGUUGCCGAAGGCGAGGUCAAGAAUUUGAUCGGAUGCAAGGUUGACGGCAAAGGCCAGAUCUGGAGCAACGACGGUAAGGUUAUCGGUCGGGCUCGACUCCUUGAAGGUGGUGCCGGCGGCCGUGCCGAAGGGCCGUUCUCCAACUUUGAAUCCACCAUUGUUUCCAAGGAUGGACUGGUCAAGGACGCCAAUGGUGACACAGUUGGCCGGGUCAUUGAAGGCGAUCCAAAGAAGUUGGUCGGCCGUCGUGUCGACGAUGAAGGUGACAUUAUCGACAAGAACGGCAAUGUCAUUGGCAAAGCCGAGCGAUGGGAGCCUGAAGAGAAGGAACGUGAAGUCUCUCCGAUGGCUGGCUUGCGCGUCAACAAGGAGGGGGAAGUACGUGACCGCAACGGCGAUGUCAUCGGCAAGCUGACGGACGGGAAUCUGCUGGCUUGUAUCGGCAAAGAAAUCAACGACAACGGCUAUGUGAUUGACCAAGACGGCAACAAGAUUGGAGAAUGUACUCUGCUCGACAACAUCCCUGAAGAAGAGGAAGAGGAAGGUUUGACGCCCGAGCAACUCAAGGAGGAGGAAGAACGGGAGGUUGCCAAGAAGAUUGGCAAUAUCAUCAACCAGACCAUUGAGAAGAUUACGCCGAUCUGCAACCAGAUCACCGAGCACAUUGAAAAAGCCGACCGCACCCCUCGCGAAGAGCUUGAUGAGGAAGCGCUCGUCAACGCGGUCAAGCCGCUGAUCGAAGAAGGCAGCAAAAUCCUGGGCGAAUGCAACGGUGCCAUCCGCGGCCUCGACCCAGAUGGCCAUAUCGCGGCCCAAGCCAAGGCGCGCGCAGCCUCGGGCGAAGCCAGUCCCGAGGAACAUCGGGUUGCCGAAGGACUCAAGGAACUGACCAGCCAGGUGGUCAAGACCAUCGACAAUGCCAAGAAGCGCAUCUCCGACAUGCCGCACGCAAAGAAGAAGCUGAACCCGCUCUGGGCCCUUCUGACCGAACCCUUGUUCCAGAUCAUCGCCGCCGUCGGCUUGUUGUUGUCGGGCGUCCUAGGUCUCGUGGGCAAACUGCUCAACGGGCUGGGGCUGGGCGGCUUGGUCAAUGGUCUUCUUGGUGGACUGGGAGUUGGCAAGCUGCUGGAUGGAUUGGGAUUGGGAAGUAUCGCGGAGAGUAUUGGUCUCGGCGGUGGGAAGAAGAAGAAAUAA